UGGGCGGCGGGUGGUCCGGGGCCGGGAGCGGCUCCCGCUCCCCAGGCCCUCGGGAGUCCCUGGGAAGAAGUUGAAGUGCCGGGGCCUCGUGGGCCCUGCGUGCGGCGUGCUGGGUCCGCGGGUCUCCAUCCAGGAGUCCCCACGUGGGUCCCGGAGGACCGCGCCGCAGAAGCCCGGGGGACUCGGUGUCCCUUCCCCGCCGGGGCUGGGCGCCGCCGGGAAACUCCUUUGCGAAGUUCCUAGGCAGCUUUCCGUAGUGCCCAGGGGCUAGCCCCGGGCCCCGGGGACAUUCGUAGACGCCUAGCUUUGUGUCCUCUUAGUAUCCCCUAGACAUUUGGCUGUGAGCAGACCACUCCCCAAAACAGACGCGAGGUCGGGGGGCGGGGGUCAGGAGAGCUAAGGCCCCCUGGGACAGUUGGGGUCUGAGUUGGUUAUGGUCGCUGUGUACCAAACGUACCACCCAUGUUGGCACUUCCAACCUGGGGGGUCUUGUGUUGAAAUGUUGAGCCCAGAAUUCCAAAAAUCCCCUAAGGGACCUCGAAAAGCCUUGGCCAUGUGGUUUAAACUUCUUGGACACUGCUCUUUGGGGUUUGGAAAAGGUUGAGAUUUAGGGUGCCAGGUUGGGAGAGUUGAAACGCUCCCACGUGGGUGCAGAGCCCCCCAAAGCACGCAGCCACUGUUUCACCUCAAAUGGUUUCAUUCCCCCCCCGCACCCCCUACCCCGAGUGACAGGCUUUGUUGGCAGGUAGGAUUUUUGUCUCCAGUCUCUUUGGCCAGUGUCUAGGGUGGAAGGGCAGUGGGUUGCAUUGCCAGGCUGUGGGAAGCCAGAGACAGCCUGAUCUGGGAGAGCUGCCCCGGGGUCUUCAGCUGGGACCUUUUGGGGUUGUGGGUCCCAGCGGCAGGCAGCCCCCGGGACUUUGAAGCCCUGUUCUGGGCUUGCUGGCACCUGUAGUCAGCUCAAGUUCCUUUUCUAAUGGGGCAUGGCAGGAGGCGUACCGGGGUCUCCAGGUGGCCGGCAUUUUGGUGGGGGCCCGCCCGCCUGCCGGUAUUACUUCGCAGAAAGCCCUGCUCUCCCCUGCCAUCUGCAUCCAAGAUGGACUCUCACAGUGGCUCCUCCGCCUUCCCUGUCAUCAUCCCUCACGCCCUCCAGCCCUGCCUCCUGCUCACUGAGUUGCCAAGCUGCGGCCUGGCCGGCGGUGGCAGUGGCGGAGUUAGACAAAGCCCCCGCCUCCCCCGCCCGAGAGCGUCCCCCCCCACCCCCGGCGCCCCAAGUGGCGGGAAGGCCGCCAGCUCCCCAGGCCCAGGCCGCUCUUUGUCUGGCGUGGGGGCGGGGAGCUGCGCCUGGCCCCAGGAGCUUCCUGGCCUCUGCCAAGCCCUCCCGGCUCUCUGCACACUGCGCUCAUUGUCUGAGAUGCUCCACACGGCUGUGCUGACGUGGAGCCGCCUCCCUGGCCUCCCUCAGCCCAGGAAGUGUCCACUCGCCUUCUACUAGUAUGGCGACAUCCUCCCAGUAUCGCCAGCUGCUGAGUGACUAUGGGCCACCAUCACUAGGCUACACCCAGGGAACUGGAAAUAGCCAGGUGCCUCAAAGUAAAUACGCAGAGCUGCUGGCCAUCAUUGAAGAGUUGGGGAAAGAGAUCAGACCCACAUACGCAGGGAGCAAGAGCGCCAUGGAGAGACUAAAACGAGGCAUCAUUCAUGCCCGAAGCCUGGUUCGGGAGUGCUUGGCUGAAACGGAACGUAAUGCCAGGUCCUAGCCCCUGGCCAGUUUGAAGGCCCAUCUCGCCACCCUGUGGAGAUGAGAGGCUUUGUUCAAAAUGGCGGUGGUUUUCCUGCCAUGGUCAUUAAGCUCUGAACCCACAUCCAGAAGACUGGGAAGACAUUUUGCAGUUACUGACGGUGUGCAUUCUAAGUAGUUAGAAAACAUCCAGCUCUUUUUUUCUUCCCAAGCAUUGAUUUGAAAGAUGUUUGUGAAGCCACUUCACAGCAAGCUAUUGUUUGCCCCCAAAUACCAGUGUCCCCUUUAAAAUCUCCCUUUGGAUACACUUGCCAUUCGCCUCACCCCAGGUGACUUCCUUUCCAUGAGCUCACCUGCCUCUGCGGACUUGAGUGCAGAGCACAGCACAUCUGCUUAGUAAGCUGGCCUGCCUGUGGACAGUGUAGACCCUGCUUCACAGAGCUGCUCUGCUUAAGCCUUUGCAUGACCGAGUGCUUUGAAGUCAAUCUUAAACAUGCACAAGUUAUAAAUACAGAAGAAAGAGCAAUCUACCCAACCUGCCACGCGCCCUGCAAAUGUCCAUCCUGAGACUGUGGAUCUCAGUUCCGUGUUGACUGUGAGACGUCACAACAUCUGGAAGAAAACGACUGCAACUGUUGCAUCUUUGUAUUUAUUACUUGAUGUAAUAAAGCUUAUUUUCAUUAACA